AGCGAGUCUGUCCACCCGAUCCCGUUAGUCGCCUCUUAAGUGAAAAAUGUAGAGUGAACUAUUUUCCAGGUUAAAGAUUGAAGUCCGAGCCUUUUGUGACCCGGACUGGUACGGAUCUACGUGUGAGAAAUAUUGCAAGGCCACUCCUGACCACAGUCACUACACGUGCCACCCACACACAGGAGCUAAAAUGUGCUUUGAAGGUUGGAAGGGAGACAACUGCAAUCAGGACAUCGAUGAAUGCACAGAACGUGACCACAUUUGUCAAAAUGGGGGAAGUUGUACAAUUACACUGGGAAGUUUCGAGUGCGCUUGUGUGGCGGGGAUCAAAGGAAAACUAUGUGAAAACAUCAUCAACCAGUGUGCACUGAAGCCAUGUCUGAACGGAGGGACGUGUGACGGAAACGAAUCGGACUUCAAGUGCGCAUGCCCAGUUGAGUGGACUGGAGACACAUGCGCAGAUAAAGUUAACUUCUGUGACAGCGCCCCCUGUAACAUGGGCCAAUGUACACCGGAUCUCUUGACGGCAACUCGGUUCAAGUGUGACUGUGAUUUUCCAUGGGUAGGGGAGAGAUGCAACCAAAGUGUUGACAUUUUCAACAUCACACUCCUGGGUGAGAUUGAUCAUACAAAUAGAGGUGACCUGGUUGACGGCUUGAAGAGACUCAUCAUCGAACUCGGGGGAAUUCCAGGAAAAGUGAAUGUCACCUUUAGAACAAAUACAAAGAAAGAAAGCAAUUACACCACAACGCACGUACAUCUCUACUCUGCUGUAGAAAACGGCUCAUUUCUGGAGAGUUCUUCAUUUGAUAGAAUUUUCGAAUCCAACCCUGACGAAGUCAUUGAUGAAUAUCUGCCUCUUCCGUUGUUCCCUCCCCGAGAAGAAGAGGAGGUGAAAGCGAAGAGUCCACAUGACAGCUGGGACACAAACCAAUAUGUGUCAGCCAUUCCACCUCCUGUGGGACUAGUCCUGAUACCUAUACUACUUCUGGUGGCUUUCUGCAUCUGGAGAAGAUCGAACAAGACGGAACAAUGUAGAGACGACAUUCAGCUCGACUCAUUUGUGAUGGACGUGGCAUGCAACCCCCAACCACCAGGUGCAAUGACAAGAAAUCUCCAGGGGGCAAGCGUAUCUCCUGAUGGUUACACAAGUCUUCGCUUCCUAGGAUCACCCGACACACACUGUGAUGAGACAUCGAACAUCAUCAGUCUAGAAGCUGAAGAUAUUACCCUUGACCCAGAGACUCUUGAGGGUUUAGGUCUUUAUCCAGCUGAAGCACACCGUGAUGACACAUUAAACAUUCAUCUCACAACUGAAGAUAUGGCCCUUGACCCAGUAAUUAUACAUCGCUUCGGCGUUUCUCCAAAUGACAACGGACGUCUUGGUGACGUGGCAACACUCCAACCAGUUACUGAAGAUCUGACCCUUGAUCCAGUAAUUGAACAGGAUGCAAGAGUUUCUCCCCAUGACAACACACAUGAUUGUGACAAAGCAACACUCCACGACGUAGAGGUAGCAACACUGGACACACACUGUGAUGAGGCAUCAAACGCCCUCCCAACAACUGAAACUGGGGCCCUUGACUCGGUGAGACCAAGCGGAUAUCCAGAUGACCACACACGUCUUGGUGACUUUGGAACACUCGAUACACGCCGUCAUGUUACGUCAUACAUCCAACCAGUCCCUGGAGACAUGACCCUUGACCCGGGGAAUCUAAAGGAGGAGGAAGACAAUGCAGAGUACACUGUCAUCGAUGACAACGAAGUGGAGGACAUCUUACAGGAAGACCCAUUUGAAACGAUAGAGUCUGUCGAUGACAAAGAUGAUGAGAACAUCUCACAGAAAAACCUGAUGAAAAGAUAA